CUCAGCGAGCAACAUCGGGAAAUCUGGCAGACUGGAAGAGAACAGCUGCCCCCCAGGGCAGCUGCGAAUUGUGAAGCAUGGAGGAAAGUAAGAAUGAGAAGGUGAACCAGGCUCAUGUGCUCUUUGACAGAUUUGUCCAGGCUUCAACCUGCAAGGGGACUCUCAAAGCUUUCCAAGAACUCUGUGACUACCUAGAACUAAAGCCCAAGGACUAUCGUUCUUUCUAUCACAAACUCAAGUCCAAGCUAAAUUACUGGAAAGCCAAAGCCUUGUGGGCCAAACUGGAUAAGAGAGGCAGCCAUAAGGACUAUAAGAAGGGGAAAGCGUGCGCCAACACGAAGUGUCUGAUAAUUGGGGCUGGACCCUGUGGCCUUCGCACAGCCAUCGACCUGUCGCUGCUGGGAGCCAAGGUGGUGGUCAUAGAGAAGAGAGAUGCCUUCUCCCGCAAUAACGUGCUGCACCUGUGGCCCUUCACCAUCCACGACUUGAGGGGGCUCGGCGCCAAGAAGUUUUAUGGCAAAUUCUGCGCAGGAUCUAUAGACCAUAUCAGUAUCCGUCAGCUCCAGCUUAUCCUUUUGAAGGUUGCCUUGAUCUUGGGAAUAGAAAUCCAUGUCAACGUGGAAUUUCAGGGGCUUGUUUACCCUCCGGAGGAUCAGGAGAAUGAAAGCAAGUAG